AUGUGGGACUAUGUAGCUGUUAUAGAUUCUGGAGAUGUAGACAAAAACUCUGAAGCACUAGAUGAGGUAGUGGGGAUUGGCAUGGUAUUGAAAAAUUUUGGAGAUAAAGUUGGAACAUUUAAAGACUCUGAAGCACUAGUGGGUUUACUGAAAGACUUUAUAGCUAAAAAGAAAUCUCGUACUCACAACGCAUUUAACAUGAACUUCUCCAAACAAGCAGCUAAGGCUUCUGCAGGGCAUCAUUCCGCUAGGGAUUCACCUUCUUCACUCGAUGAUAAGUCUUCUCAUAUGGAAAUGACUCCAGCUGCUACUCCCCUUCCAAGCUCCCCAAAUGUUGGAGAUGUUGGGCCAUCUGAUCCCAAGAAACUGCUGAGAAUUCUUGCCAAUAGGGAGUCGGCAAGACGAGCUUACAUGAGAAAGCUAGAGUAUGAAGCGAAACUCCAUCAAGAUGCUGAGGAGGCAGAAGAGAAGGUGGCAAGGCUAUCUUCACAAGUGGCCUUUUAUGAAAGGAAACAAGGUCUACUGCAAAUGGAGAACAUCCAAAUAAAGGAGAGGAUCCAAUAUCUUGAGAAUUACAUAGCGCGCAAAGAUGGGGAGACUCUGGAGCUCUUGGUAGAAAGAGAGAGGCUUCUUUUGAUUCGACAGAUGCAGCGUGGCAGCGGCAGUGGUUUUUCCAACAAUUAA